AUGGGCUCCGCCCGGGAUGGAAGCGGCGCAUCGCCAGAAGACUCUGGACAGGCUCGAGCCUUCAAGGCGGAAAAUGGCGCUCCCACCCGCGACGAGGCCCAGAAGAGGCCUGGCGAUGAUCAGAAUGAAGCCUCGUCAAACUCCGAAGAACCAACACGCAAGCGGAGGCGGAGCCGGAAGGGCCUCGAGAAGAGGUUUGAAUGCAAUGCCGAGGGCUGCGGGAAGAGCUAUUCAAGAGCCGAGCAUUUAUACCGACAUCAACUUAAUCAUAAUUCCAAACAGAUUUUCCGCUGCGAGUAUCCGGACUGCCCCCGGACCUUUGUUCGAGGGGACUUGUUGAAGCGGCACAUGGACCGGCAUACGGCCAAGGGCUCGCAGCUCAACAGAAGGGACUCCAUGGUCAGCCAUGCGGCGUCUGUUGCUUCCCCCAAACUCGCCCCUGCUGAUUCCAGUCGGCCAGUGCCAGUAUCGAUGCCAGGACCCGGACCCGGAGCUGGACCCGGACCCGGACCCGGGCCUGUACCUGCAUAUCACGACCCCAGACCGCCCCCACCGAUUCACCAUCACCACCCCUCUCCCCAAGAGCCUCCUGGGGACCCCUACCCGCUGAUGAACAAUGUCGGCCCUCCUUUGUUCCCCAGCAGCGCAUCGUCCGUCGGGCACGACGCGUUUGGUCGUGACCCCAUUGCACUGGCGGCGACAGCGCCUCGCAGGCUGGGCACUGGCCAGCCUUCCCAUGGACCCAGCCGGCCAUCGAUUCAGACCAACGUCGGCCCAUAUGGCGUCAUAUCACCGGCCUCUAGCCACCAUGGCUAUCAUAGCCAGUCAAGCAGCACCCCGCAAACCGCCGGCUUCGUUUCCCAGCAUAAUGUUCUGCCAUUCAGCUUGCCGCCGGCUCAAUACUCUCACCUGCAAACAGCUCCGCCACCGCCGAGAGAUGGGGCGCCGUCUCAUGCAACCACGGCUGUAGCGUCACAUUAUUCUGACGCCCAUCACUCGCAUCAAAAUGAAAUGAUGAUGCUCGACCACAUGGAAAUGUCAAGCAGUGGACCGGUAUUUGCUGAUGAUGGCGUCAACAAAUCUCCGUAUGUAGGGAUGCCCGAGGAUUUCAUGGCCUACUUGUUCAACUCUUUGCCGGCGAAUGGCUCUCCCCAUCCACAGGCGCUACCCCCUCCUAUGUUAGACUAUGGCAGUUCGCACAAUGACAGUCACGGCGACCGCUAUUUGGGCGAGCCUUCACCUGUGGGACUAUUCCCCCCUGACCCCCAAGAUGUUAUGGCUGUUAAUAACAUCUUGGAGCAGCAUGCACCGGAGGCCAGUCUCACAGAGGAGCGCAGCCAGGAGAUCUUUGACCUUAUCAGCGAACGCUUUCAAGAGGACAGCGAUGACAUUUCAGCGAGGCAGCGACGAAACAGCAUCCUUGGCGGCGACCGCUCGUCCGGAGAGCACAUGCUGAGCAGGAGGAUGAUGCAGGCCUACGUCGGCUCGUACUGGUACCACUUUAACGAUCAGAUGCCCAUCUUGCACAAGCCCACCUUUGCCACGGAGAAGACGCCUAACCUCUUGCUCAUCGCCAUCAUGGCCAUUGGUGCGGCUUGCCUGGAUAGAACCCACGGGACCAAGGUGACAAUGGCGGGAGCAGAGGUGUCUAAUUUUCUCGCAGAGCACCUGCGAUGGGAAGUGUUUAUGGAGCGAAGUUUCAAGCCUCCUGCUAAACUUUGGGUUUUCCAGACGCUGAUCCUACUUGAGCUGUACGAGAAGAUGUAUUCGACGAGGGAGCUGCACGAGCGAGCUCACAUUCACCACGCCACUACGGUUACUUUGAUGAGAAGGGGAAGGUCGCUUAUCGGCAAAUCUACACUGGACUCGCCGCCCCAACAUAGCUCCGACGGGUCGCGAAAAUCGUCGGCCUCUGGUAUCGCUCACACAGCAGAUGAAUGGUGGAACCACUGGAUCACGAACGAGGCGACACGGAGGGCCGCCUUUGCCGCGUUCAUCAUCGAUGCGACUCAUGCUACCAUGUUUGGCCAUUCGGCAGUCAUGGUGGCUCACGAGAUGAGGUUGACGCUGCCCUGCGACGAGUCUCUGUGGAGAGCUGCUAGCAGUGCCGAAGUAGGCCGAGUAGAAGCAAAUCUCAUGUCCCGCGGUAUCAAACCCAUAACGUUCCUUGAGGGGCUGAAGCGCACGCUGAGCCAUCAAGAUGUACGGACGACACCGUUUGGUCGAUCGGUUCUCAUGGCCGGGCUUCUCAGCAUCACAUACCAUAUGCACCAGCGCGAUCUCCAGGUCAAUGUGCUGGGAGGAGGCGUCAUCCAAGCCCUUGGAGGGCGCGACAAGUGGCGGGCGACUCUCACGAGGGCCUACGAUUCGUGGAAGUCACACUUUGACAAGGCGCUUGAGCUGAACGACUCCGAUCCUUAUAGACUGGAGAUGCAACAACAAGACUUCAACGUCGUGUUCGAGAGCCGUACGGUGCUGCACCACUUGGCCCACAUGGCCAUGCACGCUGAUAUCGUGGACUGCCAAAUGUUUGCGCGUGCGAAGAGGCUGCUUGGUCGCUCUAUCGGACAUCAAGAGUUUCUCAGCGCCCAGCGAAGAAUCAAGGAAUUUUGGGCUCCGUCUGCGAGGGCUCGUGACGCCACGUAUUACGCGCUCAAAUUUCUGCUGUCUGUCCUCGUUCCUGACCAAGCAGGGCCUCCGUACUCGACGGGUCCUGACCGCGACAAGCCGUACGAGACCCGCGACGAUGUGCUAUUGAAUCGGCCCUGGGUUCUCUACUUUGCGGCGCUGGUGGUCUGGUGCUACGGAUAUGCCGUCGAGGGACCUUGUCUGACGGGAUCAACGCCGGUUGGCCACCAUGAGCAGUGGCAGCAGAUGAGGGCCUACCUCUCCAAAUACGGGGGAGUGACGGACCCGAACGAGCUGAGAAACAUGAGGGGCAUCAACGGAAACACAGCGCUGCUCAUGGUACUCAAGGAUACCUUUGACAACUCUCGAUGGGAGCUGCUCCACGAGGGGGCGAACUUGUUACACAAUUGCAUAGUGCUCAAUUCUGGUGGCAAUGUCCUGUGA